UAAAGCUCAAAUGUUGUGGUUGGAAAUUCGUCCUCUGAGUAGAGCUUUCAGCCUGUCGCCCUUCAGCAGUGACAGAAUACUCUUGUCGUCCAAAAACAGACACCACACCAGUCCAGCGUUAAACCAUGGCGGGGACGGUUGCAAGGAAAGCUGUAGACUACCUGAAGAGCAAAGAAUUCAGGGAUUAUUUGACGAGCACGCAUUUCUGGGGUCCCGUAGCAAACUGGGGUCUUCCUAUAGCCGCCAUCACAGACAUGAAGAAGAGUCCUGAGAUUAUCAGUGGCAGGAUGACCUUCGCUCUGACCUGUUAUUCGCUGCUCUUCAUGCGGUUCGCCUACAAGGUGCAACCACGCAACUGGCUACUGUUUGCUUGCCAUGCUACCAACGAGACGGCACAGCUAAUCCAGGGAUGUCGUCUCAUCAAAUACAACAUGGAGAAGAAGACAGUGUCUUAGUGGCAAAGUGAAGCACAUGCAGAACGUUCACCAUGCUGCUAGGAGAAAGCCACCUAAACCUGGACAUCAAAACUUGUGCAUCUAAACUUCUUCUUUAAUCAUUGACACCGUGGCACUUAGACCAUUUUUUAACCCGAUGUUAUCAAGAUUUAUCAUCCUCCGUGAAGUUUUAGACACUUUUUACUACACAUACAGAAAAAAACAGACGGUUUCUUCCAAGAAUUAAGGUCAACUGCUGUGAUUUAUUUUUACACUUUGUGCAACAUUCAACAUGUCACACAAACGCAAUGUGGGUGGAUGUACACUCAGCUAACCAGCCUGACAGUUGCAUAUUAGAUCCAGUGUCUGUUUCACAUGUUCAAACUAGGCUGAUCAUUAUUCAUUCAUUAAACAUUUAAUUUUGGUUCAGUAUCAUUAAUAUUUUUAUUACUGUCUCAUGUUCUUAGUAAUUGAAAUAUUAAUGAUAUAUUAGAGAGUACUAAGCCUGAGGUCAGUUUGUGAAAAUAUGUCCAAAGUGUAGCAGAGUAUCACUGGUUAACAGAGUUAACACACACAGUGCUAAACUGUCUGUCUGUUGUGCCCUGGAGCAAGGUAUUACACUGGUGAAAGAAUAUAGAGUGUGUUUGAGAAUCUAAUUUGGAAUUGAUUUAUUUCAGUAAUAACAAAUCAUUAUUUUAACAAAUGUUUAAAUUGUAAAAAUUGAAUACAAAGUCUUUUAUGUUGUGAAGCUGCCCACACUGUAAAGCUGUAUAGUUAGGUUGCAAGCUGAGUUAUAAUCCUGUAUGCCUGGGUAAGUCUGUGAUGACCAAAUCAUGUAUUGUGUGUUAUUGCCAUGUGUCAUUCAAGCUAAUUUAUUCUCAUUAUAUAACGCACAUUCAUUUCUCCCUGAUCAAUGAUCUGAUCCUUUGGUUUCAUUAGAAUAAACUGGCUAUAACCAACUUGAA